GGCGGACGGAGAGAGCGAGCAGGCCCCCGAGCCCUUAACCGAGCGGCUGCGGCUCCUCCACGGCGAGCUGCGGAGGCGCGGCGUGUCCCAGGAGUCCUCUGCGCACUACUGCCAGCGCUUCUGCGAGAUGCUGCAAGCAGCAGACGAUUUUGAAAAUCCCGGGAGUUUACCAAUGGUGAGGAAGUCGGAACACUUGGCAUAAAUGGCAAUGGACAUGGACCCAAGUUUAGAAUGGAGUCAGCAUUUCAGUCUUUCCCUGCCGUCAACCUUUCCUCCCUACAAGCAAAUUUAUGCUGAGAAAUAAAAUGCUGCCAAGCAGACAACCCUCACCACUUUAUGCAAAUAGCUGUAAUCUUCUGCUGCCGGCAGCUCUAUGAGUCUUCCUUCACCCCUUGUUGUGCUUGAUAUUAUCCGGACGACCACAACCAUCCACCUUAUCCGUGUAAAGCUGCCCGACACCACAACAACCACUCAUCUCCCGGAGCGAACACACCUGCUACUGUUGCUCUUAAUACAGUAUGGUGAAAAAUACAAAGCUACUGAAGAACUCCUGCCUUUAAUGGAAGUCUAUCGGAUUUCUAUCCAAAGCUACACAAGUGCACGGCCUUACUUAACUACAGAAUGUGCUCACAUUAAUUUUCUACUUGGUCAGUUAGCAGUGAGCUGUUUUGAACUACUACUUUCACUUCCUGACAACAAGGUUCCCCAAGACGUUUGGCAGCAGCUUCAACAGACAUUACAGGAUUCCCACAGUGCAUUACUGGAAUUUGGAAAUAAUGAAUUGCAGCCACUUCUUACUAUUUCUAGAGAGGGUGGAGCUUGGAAAAAUUCAGUUCUACAGUGUAUUCUCUCCAAGCAGACAGCGCCAAUUGAAGAGGUGAACAAUUAUUUGAUGCAGGAGGGACCUACGUUUCUUGAGAUUCGCAUUAAACAUCUGAUGAAGACGGAACGCAAGUUUGAAGCAGCACUCCUUGCAAAGUGUUGUGCAGAAAAUGCAGAAUUUAACAGCAAAGGUGCUUUUCGACAAAUCUACCUCACUUGUCUCUGCACUAUGGGACCCAAUGAGGAGGCAGCAAAAGAGAUUGCACGUGUUGACUGCAAGGAAGUGCUGGAUAUUAUCUGUAACUUGGAGUCUGACGGCCAGGACAGUGCUGCGUUUGUCCUAUGUACAACGUUCCUAACCCAUCAACUGCAACAGGAGAGUGUCUAUUGUUCUUGGGAGCUCACCCUAUUCUGGAGCAAGUUGCAGCGGAGAAUGGAUCCAUCUUUGGAUUCCUUCCUGGAGCGCUGUCGCCAGCUUGGUAUUAUUGCAAGAACCGUGUACCACAUAUUCUUCCUUAUAAAAGUUAUCCAAUCUGAAGCUGAAGGAGCUGGUCUCCCAAUUUCAAUCGAGCUUUGUGUCGGAGCCCUCCGUAUUCAGUCUAAUGAAAAUGCAGAGAUGAAGAUCUCCAUUUGCAAAACCAUCGCCUGCUUGAUGCCAGAUGAUCUUGAAGUGAGGCGUGCUUGUCAGCUCACUCAGUUCCUGCUGGAGCCCACAGUGGAUGCAUACCGUGAAGUGGAAAGGCUGUACAAGCAACCGGAUCAGAAAUACGAUGAGGAAAACGGCCCUAUCCCCAAUUCGUUGCACUGUGAACUCUUGUUGGUUUUAAAAGCCCACUGGCCUUUUGAUCCAGAGUUUUGGGACUGGAAAACUCUGAAACGACACUGUCGGGGGCAUUUGGGAGAGAAGGCAGUUGCCAUUUCGGAAGAUGAACUCAGUGAAGACGAAGCAGAUGGUAGUAAUGAACUCUUUGAUCAAAUGAGUAAAAUACCAGAGACGAUAAAGAAUGAAAGGGAGAAGGAUGGAGAAGUUGUCAAAAAGAAGGAGAAGGUGAUGUCUGAACGGUAUUACAGGUGGCUUCAAAAUAUGUUCUUCUGUGUGCUGUGCAAGAAAGAUUAUGUUGUCGCUAGAAUGGUGCACCAUGCGAAGACGCACGUUAGAGAUGGGAUAUUUUCUUGCCCCGUUUGUGCAAAAAAGUUCAAGAGAAAGGAACAGUUUACGCCGCAUGUAAAAGAACACAUCAAGAAACCGAAGAGAGAGAAGAAACAGAAGAAGAAAUCAGAAGCAGCUGAGAAACCACUGCCUCUGGCAUCAAGCAUGAAUGCUCCCACUAAGCCGCAAGCUCGUUUAGAUGAUGCAAGGAGUUCUGUUAAAAAGGAGAUAGAAGAAAAUGACUACAUAAUCUUCAGCGGAGCAGACUCCGUGGACGAAGAACAAGGUGAUGUGCCCAAGCCAGAAGUGAGUGAGGCUGUCGUUACACACUGGACGGAAAGUUACCCGUGCCCAGGCACAGCCUGCUCAAGAUCCUUUAAAUACUAUAAGAAUCUCACUGCCCAUUUGAAGAAUGAUCACUUGGACAAUGAUGAAAAUGUAAAGCACUUCCUGGAGAUGAAUAACAGAAAGGCCCUAUGUAAGUACUGCCGACGCCAUUUUGUCAGCGAUUACCACCUGAAAGCCCAUCUGAAGGUCCAUUCUGGAUUGCAGCCCUACAUUUGCAUUCAGAUGAACUGUAAUGCGAGCUUCCAGGCCUUCGCUGACCUCGUGAAGCACAGAAAACAGCACAAGGAGUUCCGAUCCAAGUGCACGUUCAAAGGUUGCAACAAAGUUUUCAGUGGUUCUUGCUUACUGUAUCACCAUGAAGCUCAGCAUUACAGGGAAGCAGCCUACUCCUGCAAUUUAUCGGGCUGCAAGAAGUUCUACUUCUCCAAGAGUGAGUUCCAAAGUCACUUGCUGACGCAUGGUUUAUCGAGUCUCGAAGAAUUUGAGGCCAGGGUUCUGAAAAAAGGUGGCUCCACGGAGGGUGUGGUGGACAUUGGGUCUAAGCUUGUGACCGCAGAGGAGAAGCAAUGUCAUGUGGUUGGUAGCGGUGCCGAAACUGUACAUGAGAAAGUGCGUGAAAGUGCUGAAAACCCUUCACAAAGUUGCAGCUACUCGGUGCCUCAAGAAGUAAAAAAGGAAAAAGAAGAGUAUAAUCCAGGUGGUUCUUACUGUGCUACAAGUCUGGGUGCUGACAGGACAGAUUCAGCCAACAAGGGUAAGCCUGAAUAUCCUAAUCUCCAGGGUGUUUAUUCUGAAAACUUGCUUGUGCCAUUAGAAAAGUUAGCAUCCUUUAAAGAGCUGAGUGACAUUGAGGAUAUGAUGAAGGCAGCCACACUUCAUCCUGAACUUAAUAGGACCUUAGCCAAGCACAAAAUCACCCCUAAUGGUGCAGACAGCUUGCCGACUGUAAAUCAGCAUUCUUGCGGUAUCGAUGGAUGUAUCAUGAUGUAUGCCUCGACAAAGGACCUGAAGAAACACAUUAAGGUAGCUCAUCCAAAUUACUAUAAAGCCAAGAAAAGGAUUGAUAAGCACAGCAGAAGUGUGGUGAAAGUUUCUGCUACAGAUCAGGACAAAGUUAAAGCUGAGGUGGAACAACAACCGCUGCUCCCGUCGCAGGGGCAGGAAGGCCAGUCAGCGGCAUCUGCUGAUGAACUUUGUGAAAAUAAGAACGUGUCACUCAAAGCUCAGAGAGUUAAAAAGCCCAAGAAUAACAGGAAUGCCAAGUGGCCGGCUAUUUUUAAGGAUGGUAAGUUUGUGUGCUCUCGAUGCUUCAAGGAAUUUUCAAAUCCCAAAUCGCUUGGGGGCCACCUCGCUCGCAAAAUAAAAUGCCCGCUGCUGACAGAGAGCAGUUCAGGCACAAAUCCAAUAAAGAAGCGUUAUGAGGGGCGUCCUCCAGGUCGUCCCGCUCAUGUUUCUGAAGUACCAACUCUGGAGGACGUGGUAAGGGCCCUGCAAAAGCUGCAGCUGAAUAAAUCGGAAGCAGUUCCCAAUGAAGUGAUGGUGUGUAGCUCUACCUUGUCGUCACCUUUGAUAGAGCCGCUGCCUCCGCCUCCGAUCUCUGCCGCCGAUGCUUCUAUGUCCAAGCCUUUAGCUAAUGCUUCCCAAUCACAGACACGCUCACGCGAGCUCUUCCAAACCGAUCCAUCUAAAGAGGACCCGGGGGUCAUUAAGCCUUUUGUUUGUGAUUACGAAGGUUGUGCCUUUAAGGCGAUGACCAAAGAUGGCCUCAUUAACCAUUAUGUUAAAACCCACAAGUACUCCAAGGACAAGGUGCUUCAGUUAAGCCGGUUUCAGCUCAGGUUCGCACCGUUCAAAUGCCACAUCUGCCUAAGAACGUUCACAAGAAAAACUAAUCUCAGAACUCAUUAUAAACAAAUGCAUAGGUUCAGUAAAGAGGACAUGCAGAAAGGAAAGUUCCCCUAUAUAAACUGUGUUUCUGUUCCUAGCAAUACAACUCCACAGCUGGCUGUGCCAAAUAUAUUAAUUAAAACUGAGAAUGACAGUCCCCGCCUAACUGAAGAGAAAUUAUGCAGCUCCCAGAAUGUCACUGAAAGGCUGAGCUUGUCUCAGGAUACGGCGCCAAUUAAGAUAGAAAAGGGCUCUCUUUACCCUGUGACUGUUCCUUACCAGACUAAAGACUUUAAUUUAUUUGGAGACGAUGAGCACGCACAGCUUGGCACAGUGAGCGGAAGCUGGCGCCAGACGGGAAGCGACUCUGAAAACACAAUGAAUGAGUCCUUCACGACAGAAGUUGAAUGUUCUGAAUCUGCAGAAUCUUUGAAGUCUGAGGAGAUGCAUCUGAAUGGCAGCAUGGAAUCCAGUUGCAUGAUGCCUGACAGUGCAGAUGAUUCUGAGUCCAAGGAAGAAGGUAGAGGAAGUCGGAGAAUUGGCACUAAAAGUAAUCUGUGUUAUAUGCUGAACAAAUACCACAAACCUUACCACUGCAUUCACAAGGGCUGCUCUGCGGCAUUCACUGGGCAACCAAAUUUGAUACGCCACUACCAGACGGUGCAUCAGUAUAACCGAGAGCAAAUGUGUUUGGAAGAAGAUCAAGGAAACGCCAAGAAAGACAGUACCAAAGUGAAGAAAAUCUUCAAGUGCAAGUUUGAAGGUUGCACCAAACGCUUCCAAUAUCCUAGAGUGCUGUUGAGACACUACAGUGAGAUUCACAAGCUUGCAGGUGGUGAAACAGCGAAGUACCCUUGUAAUCAGCCAGACUGCAUGUCCUCUUUUAACAUGUAUGGUAACCUUAGACGCCAGCCUGCUGACCUGCAGUUUAAGUGCAGCAUAGAUGGUUGUAGCCGUACUUACACUAUCCGUUCCAGUUACCUGCGCCACGUCCAAAGACAGCACAAAGCCCAUUACAAGUCGAUACUGCUGAAGCCGCGCAAGAACAGUAACUAUGACCGUAAGCUGAACUUGGAAAGGUGCAAUCAGGACUGCUUCAUCGACAGCGAAGCCAAUGGCUCCGCUUCAGCUGACAAGCCCGGUUUGCGGCUGAUCAAGCAGGAACGGCUCACCGACGAGGAUAGCUGCAGCUCCGCAUUGCCGCACGCGCCUAACUUGGGUAGGAUCAGUGGAGAGCAUCUGUCCGACGAAGGAGGCUGCGAUUCCGAAUCCGAAGCAGAGCCCAAUUUCGAAAAUUAUAAGAAUCUUGACCCGUAUGGUUCGGCACUGAAAGCUGAGUCGAACUUGGAAGCUCGCAGCCACGGGGAUAUUAAAAGUGAAGCUUGCAGCAGAAAAGCAAAAUUGGAACCGGAUAUAAAGAGGAGUCUAUCAGAUAAUCAUUCCGAUGACUCAAAUGACUCGUCGCCACAGGAUGAAGACUGUGAGAGAAAUGCAUCCUCCAUGGCUUACAGUGGUUCCUCAGUGGAUGAGUAUGAUAAAGAAGGAAGAAAAUCAGGCCGGUGUCGGGAUUAUUCAUUGAAGAGUACAGACCAUGGAUUUGCAAUGUGUAAAAAUGAGGUUUUAAGAGAUCAGUUUCCAUGCAUGGUCGAUGACUGUCAGACUGUUGUACUGAGCCGGCGCAGUGUCUUGAGGCACUACAAGAUACUUCACAAAAUGACUGCUAAAUAUAUUGAGCAGAACUGUAAUACACUUCUAGUGUGCAAGAAAUAUUCUGAUACGUCACGUGAGAAGGUGGGGUGUGAUUCUCCAGCUCCUCCCAAAAAAGUGUUCUCUGAGCAGAUUGAGGACGCCCCAGGUUGCAGCGUUCUCCGGCAACAAAAUGGUGAGGUGCCGCUGAAAACGGAGUUCAAAAUUGAACCUGAUGACGUUGGAUCAGGGCUGCAGUUACAGAACUGCGGUGUGGCAAACGGCAACGAUGCUUUCCCUGGCGGUGGAAACGUUCUCUUUCCUGGGAAGUCGGUAAACAGCAGUCUCGCCCUGGGGAUAGCAAACAGAGGUCCAGGCUUCAAGGAAAAUGAUGCGAAUCGGGCCUUUCUGCCUAAGAACGGAGGAGUAAUUCCAAACAUCGUGAAACAAAGUGGCACCCAAAAUGGCUCCCUGUUCCCCAAACUGAAGCAGCCUUUGAAAAGAAAAUUUGAAAUGGACGGACAGUCGCAGAGAACUGACUCCACGUAUUUGCCUCAGGGCUCGCUUUUCGGCACCAAGGAGAGCCAACAGAGCCAAAACGCUCAGCAGAAACCAUUUGACUUAACCACAUACAAACCUAUAGGCUUUGAAGCCUCGUUCUUGAAGUUUAUCCAAGAAAGUGAAGACACUGAGAACGACCUUGAGGAGUCGUGGCAUUGGGAUCCCCCAAAGCGAUGCAAAAAAUUUGCUUCACACCAGAGGGAGUCGGGCGUUAACACUGGAUCAAAUGAAUCGACAGUGGAAAACUGUACAGGGUGCAUUGCAGACUGUGAUAAAAGUGACUCUACAGUGCAUAACAGUUUUGCAGCUAUCGAGCCCCUAAUUUCACAAGGGUCGACUCCAUCUUUGGAGAACUUACGAACGAUAUUGGACAAGGCGUUGACAGACUGUGGAGAUCUUGCCUUAAAGCAGCUUCAUUUCCUUCGACCUGUGGUAGUGCUGGAAAGGUCUGAGUUUUCCACUCCCCUACUAGAACUGUUUCCAACAAAAAAGAAUGAUGAACUCUGUGUGGGAAGUUCAUAGGACUAUUUGUAUCUAUUUUGCAAACUUAAAUCACCAUACUGUAACCUAUGUAGAGUGAUAAAAGCAGUACUGCAGAGAAUAAAAAAACGAGUACACCUGGGGCUUCCAUUUGGGAAAUGAAACCUUGGUUUGUUCUGGUUUUGUGCAUGAUUGUGUGUGUGUGUGUGUAUACGAACAAGUAUUAGGGUACUUAUCGGGGAUUAGUAGUUCUCACGAAGAACUUGAAUGUGCACAUACUGGUGCUUUUCUGUAAUAUACUGUACACUACAUCUCCUUUAUGUAUGGGUUUUGAGAUAGUACGCUGUCAAUUAAAUGGCAAUUUUUCACAAAAAUCAUUGUACUGAUGGAUUUGUACUAUAAUUCAAAUUGUAUUGAUGCUUUUCAAAAGCAUCACUUGCCUAGUUUGUGGGCAUCAAAACAGUUAUCAAUAAACAAAAGGAAACUACUUUUAUUGCAGCAGAGCUUUAGCUAUAACCCAUUAUGGUUUUCUCUGAAAUAUUCUUGUAAUUAUGUAAGAAAUCUAUAAUUGGAACAAGUACUGUGGCUGAUUUAAUUUUUGAUGAACUAACUCCACUUCGACGUGACCUUCUUCACAAGUUGACUGAAAUGUGAUCUUAAAAUUGGCUCCAGGAAGAUUUUUUUUUGCUGUCAACGGAGUUCUCUCUUUGAGUGUACGACUAUGUAGCAUACCUUCCGUUCUGGAUUUUGUUUCAAAGAAAGGACCAAAUCACGGCAGUAUUUUCCUGUGUAUAUUUUAAUUACUUAAUCCAUCCUAACAACAUAGAUUUUAACCUGGAAGGUAAAUGAUAACUUGGUGUAUGUAUUUGGAGAUGGUGAAAUAGGAAAAGAAAACAUUGUUUUAGAUAUUUUGAAAUAAUGCGUUACUCAUAUAACAAAGUUUUUGCAAAGAAAUUUGGAAUGUCUGUUUCAGUCUGAAUAAACCUAGAACAUUUUGGCCAAUAUGCUAUAAUUACCUUUCUAGUAAGAUUUGUCAGUGACACUUGACUGACACUGAAUGCAUAGUCAUAGCAAAACAUACUUGAAUGGACCCUGGGAAGCACCAAAGAGGGCUUGUGACAUGACAUUUAAGUCUCUAAUCAAGUUUUGAUCAUUUCUGCAGUAGUCCACGUACUCCAUAAAUAGUUACCAUAGGGCUUACUAAGGUAGGUUCAUCUUGUGGACCUUUGAGUCAGUGUGCUAUUUGUUCUAUAGAAAUUUGUUGCUUUUAGAAUCUUAUCUGUGUUUUGUGAUUUCAAAAGACAGUGGAAAUCCACAUUUAAACCAGUUUAGUACUGCCUGUAGGCAUAAGUAUUUCCUGUACGUAUGCAAGAAUUUUCAUUCAACGACAGUGGGGAUGGUGAAGGAGAGGGCCCCUGGGAGUGCCGUCAGUUCCUUAUUAAAAGCAAGAUGUCACCUGGAUAUCCCCAAGAGACUCUUAGUCCAAGAUUUAUAGCCCGUGUUUACUCUUUAAAAACUAAGAUGAAAAGAAAAUGCAUAAUUUCCUUCAAAGAGAUAACGUAAACUGAAGAUUUAGAUACAACCUUUUUGUUUUUGUUUCUUGGUUAUAAUGUGGUAUUCACUUUGUAAUUAUACAAUUUUACUUUUUUCAGUACAAGUUUGACUGGAAUUCCAUUUUUAUCCUCGUUUGUAAUAACUUGUCAAUUGAGCUGUUAAAUUUCUGUUCAGUUGUAAGGCAGUUGCAGUGUUGCAUUGGAUCAUGGUUUAAAAUCCAUUUUAAUACAAUGCAGCUCAAAAGAAUAUAUAUACGCACACUUAAGUUUUGAUGAGCAUAACUAAUAGACCUGAUAGUAUCUGUCCUAACAUGCUUGUUCUGUUCGCAGUUGUGUAGCCUGCUUGUAAUGAAUUGUAGAAAGUUGUAACUGAAUGUAUUCAUGUUUGUGCCACAAAGUUUCAUCCAAAAUGUAAAUGGAAAGGUAAACCUCGCAGUGAAGAGUAAAACAGUUUAAACAAGAUUUUUCAUUCUAUGUGAAAACUGAACGAAGCUCUUUAUUUUGCAACGCUUUAAAUAACAUUGUGACUUGCUUUAGGCCGACCUCUCUUCACCUUUCCCCACCAAAUGGUUGAUUGCUGGGAACUUGUCAAUUUUAGCGAAUUUGCUGUUAAUAAACACCAUGCAAAGUUCAACAAAUCUGUUGUACAAAAUAGAGCGAACAGCGGUUGGAUAUCUGACUGUAACCUUUUUGGGUUAAUUCAGCUGGUGGUACUUUGCUUUCAACAACUUGAGCUUGUUGGGAAGAAGCACAAGGGGAAAUUAAGGACACAAGAGGUACCGCAGAUGCUGGAAAUCUGGAGUAAUACAGGCAAUGUCCUGGAGGAGCUCAGCAGGUCAGGCAGCAUCUAUGAAUGAG